CCAAAAAGUGAGAAGAACACGAAUAGAAGGACGAUCUGUUAUACAUUAUCCACGGCAACAAGCUUUUCCCCUAUUUUUCCCCUUUUCUUCCACUAAAACACCCAUUAGAGAGAGAAAAGGGUAUCUCAAAUAUUGCUCUUUCACUCUUGUGUUCCCUUGACUCCUAUGGGGCGGGAACGCGUAGUCUAUCUGUAAUAACUUAAUAAGUAAUAAUCUGUAUAAGUCUAUAGUCUAUGACAUGAUCGUGGUCGAAACACGCAAUAGAUUUAUGCAUCUAACCUAACAAUCGCAAUCAUAAAGAACUGUUAUUUUAACGAUAUUAGUGCCAUCUUGCAUUGAAAGUUAAACACGUUAACAAUAUCAAUGGCGAUAUCGUUCGUAUAUAAAUACGUUGGAAUAAUUACGUUUACACUAUAUUGACAUUGAGUACGUCAUUAUUGUUAUCAUAGCAUUAAAGGCUAUGAUAAUUAAAAUAAAAUUAAAUUGAAACUGAAAUGUGUUGUUAUGGAUUGAAAUUAUACUUAACAACUAUUUAAUGCAUGUUGUUUAUGUAGUUCAAUGCCGGCAAAAUAAGACAAUUUCAUAUUAUUUAAUAUUAAAGUGCAUUGAUGUCUGUUUAAUUAAUGGUGAUUUUAUAGGUUAAUAAUAUAUUCAUUCAAGCAAAAGAAAGUUCUAUAUUUAAUGAACUAUGUUGAUAAAUAAAGAUUUACAGUGGAAUGAUAGUAUAGAAUCUGAGAUUCAACAAACGUUUCCGGAUUUUGAAGUCAUGGACUCUGAUUGUUCCCUUCUUUCAGACGAUUUAUUUCAGUCUUUAAGUUCUGAAUUAGGCAUUCCUUUGUUCUUUGAAACUGAAAUACCUUUAAAGAUAGAUAGUGGUAUUGAUGAUUCAUCAAUUAAUGAUGAUGGUAUCGAUAAUCAGAUUAUAGAAGAUAUAUAUAUAGGGGAGCCAUCUACUAAUUUAAAAAAUUCUGAUUUAAAUGUUCUACAACAAUCUUCAGCAGUUACAGAUGUAGAUAAUGAUGUGAAAAUGGAAAUUAAAUUGGAACCUGGAAGUCCUUAUAUUCAAUUGCCUUUGUCUCCUGCACCAAGCCAAUGCGAGUCUAAUAGACUAGAUUCACUAGUUGAAACAAAUUCUAUUUCUUCCAUUUGUGAUUUUAAGACAAGUCUGGAAACACCACCCAUCUCUCCUCCACAAAAUGUUUCACCACCUAUAUCUCCACAACUGAUUUCAAACACAGCUAUUGCAAAACAAAUAAAAUUUAUGCCAUUUAAACUUCAAGAUACAAAAGAAUCAAAAUUUACCCUUUCUAAAGUAAAUUCUACUAAACGUGUUCGGGUUCAACCAAAAGAUAAUAUCCAACUUGUUACUGAUGACCAACCUCAGAAUGCUAUAUUUUUGAAUACACAAAAUUUUGUUGCACUUAGUCAACAAAUUAAGCAAAAUUAUAUAUCAUAUCCUUUCAGUACUCAUUUUACAUCAACUAAUGCAAUUAAGAAAACUCAAACGUCAGUACAGCUCCCAUCGGUGCAAAUAAAAACUGAAACAAAUUCAAUUCAACUACCACAAGAUAAUCAUGUGAAAGUAAUGAAUAAUAUCCCUAGCAUAUAUACGUCAGGAAAAGAUCAAACAAUAAAUAUGAUUGAUACACCUUUGAUUCUUAAGAAUGACACAGCUAGAUGUACUCCUAUAAUUGUAAAAAAUGAUUUGGAUACAUGUAGGCCAAUAGUAAUUAAAACAGAGAAAUCAAAUUAUACUCCAAUUGUUAUAAAGAAUGAAAUGCAAGAUAUCAACUUUGCUGGGCGGCAAGAAUGUGAAAUAAAAGCAUUGAAAAGGCAGCAAAGGAUGAUAAAAAAUAGAGAGUCAGCUUGUCUAUCGCGGAAAAAAAAGAAGGAGUAUGUAUCUUCAUUAGAAAAACAGAUUUAUGAGUUGCAGCAAGAAAAUAAGCAAUUAAAAAUGGAAAAUAUAAACUUAAAACAGAAGCUUUCAUCCUUGGAACAUGCAAGUGCUAGUAAUAAAUUUAAAAGUAUAAGUCUAAAUGCGAGUAAAAGGAAUGUUGCUAUUCUUUUAGGAAUGGUUGUUAUGGUAUCAUUAAACGUUAAUGGUUUCAAGGAUAUAUUUUCGCGAAAUAAUCAGUUGGAUAUAUUAUCUAAUGACGUUCCAAUUAGCGCACAAUAUGCAAGACAUGGAAGAACGCUACUCUGGACAUCUAGAGAUCAAACUCAAGAAGAAGAUGAAGAUGGGUUUCGUAAAAAUAUAUCGAUACCACAACCUAUGUGUCCAAUGCAUAUUAAUCACAGUGAAUCAAUCCGUUUAGAUUAUGAAUUGAGACGCUGGAUCGGUGGAAAGUCUGAUCAAGAUAAUUGGACUACGUUGAAAAAAGCAAAAUUGGAUGCGAAGCUUAUAGGAGAGAUUCUAUCUUCGCCUCCGCAUGCAAUGCAAACUAAAACUAAACGUAAACGUAACUUAGCAGAAAAAAGUAAAUCUGAGAUACUUCGAAAGACAACUGAUUCAUCGAUAUCGAACGCAGUGGAAGUUUUUUCUCCAAUAAUAAAAGAACAUGCUUCUUUGUUUGAAGCUUUAGGAAGGAGAGACGAUACCUUUUAUGUAGUUUGGUUUAGUGGAGAACAUUUGCUUUUGCCGGCUUCAAGCAAAAAUAGCACAGGCAGACCAAGGAUGUCGUUAGUUCUCCCUGCACUUCCUAUGAAUGAAACGUUUUCAACACCAGCAAAUCAUAUAACUAUGAUGCAAAUUGAUUGUGAAGUUACCAAUACCCAAUUAUUGCAUUUACAACAAUCAAUUAUACCUAAUUUGAAAACUACCAACAGAUCUGAAAGUCAUACUCAUCAGUCAGAUGGAGUAUCUGAUGCAGUAACAGCAGAUAUAACUAAGAACUACAAACCAUAUUUUAUCAAAAAAAGUAAUCACAAAAUGUUCCAAAAGAAAGAUUUUAAAGACAUAUAUGUUGAUAAAAACAGUAAAGAUUAUAACAAGACAACCGCGUAUAUAUUAAAACAGAAAUUUAUUUCAGAAUUUGAUUUAGAAGAGGUGAAAACUGAAUUGUUAAAAGAUUUGAGAAGAACUGAUUCUUCUGCGAAGUUUACGACAUCACAAAAAAAACAAACGUGAUAAGUGGUUAUGAUAUUUAAAAGAAGUUUGUUUCUGUGACACCAUAUUAAAAAAUAAUGCUAGGUACCACAUGCUUAUUAAAUGAAUAA